AUGCAAGAUCAAAUAAUAACCUCCCCUUCUUUUAAAAAGCAAGAUACUACUAUUGUUGUACAAGGUCUACACCAUGAUCAUUCUAUUAUGAUUAUAAAUGAUAAUGGUAUGAAUGAAGGUAUCAAAAAAGAGGAUACGAUUAUAUUUAAUGUCAAUAGACAUGAAAAGAUUACUCAAACCGUUGAGCAUAUCGAUAAAUACCAUUAUAUAUUUAUUGAAUCACCUCCUGACUGUGGAAAGACAUCGUUUGGGCAAUUGUUAGAGAGACACCUGAUAGCAACCAAACCAGGAUUAAACGUACAAAGAAUAUCAUAUAGUUGGGAUACACAGCCACCCAAGUCAACAGAUCCACAUGAUUAUAGUGACUUUGACGACUUUUGGAAGAGAUCUCUUAUGGGGAGUAUCUAUGUUGCGAUGUUUACCACCUUUAUAGGACGUGUCUCUGAUAUGUCAUUAGAAAACUACGGAAGCAUUGAUUAUGAUCACACAUUCAUGACGUUUUCAAAUCAAGAGUUUAAAGAAAUAAUAGAUAUCUUUGGAUCAAUGCACACUCAACUACCAGAAAAUAUAGUAACCAAGAUGUGGAAGGAUACUGCUGGACAUGUUGGACUGGUCACUGGAUUACUCAAUCAGUUUGUCAGAGAUGCUACAAUUGGACAGGUGAUGAAAAGUGUUUUGACUGGUAUUGCAACUCGAGAUGAUUUAGAGAGAGCAAUCUACUCGUAUCUCACGUCACAAGAGUGUGCUGAUUUUGUUGCAUCUUCAAAUGCUUCACCAUCACGCCCAGAGUGUUUUGUCUUACCCAACAUCACUGGAAUAACAAAGCAAUUGGAAUUUAUCGAUCAAGUUAUUGAAGCUCGUAUUACGGGUUCUCUCUGCCACUAUGGUGUUUCUGCCGAAUACCUCAUCAACCAAGGGUAUCUGGCCAGAACAAAGUUAGACUUUUACGACUAUAACGAUUCAUCGACCAUCGACUUUGUAUCACCACUCUAUUACAGAGAAUACUUUAGAUGGAGAGUUGCACAAGAAAAGAAAAACAAAGAAGAAGAAUAUACAGACACCAACACCAUCAUCCCCCUCGAUCCUAAACAUCAAGAAUCUCUCAUUCAAUUAGUUAUCGAAAGUAUCAAACAUUUUAAACCAAAUAGAAUUAGAUCUUUUAAAGAUAGAUAUCAAUUAGAGAAAGAUUAUGUGUUACGACCAUUAGAGGAUGUUUGGCAAACUCAAUUUUAUUAUGCAUCCAUUGGUCCAUUGUCACAUUGCAAUGUGAGUGCAAACAAUCUUGGUAAAAGAUUCAAUUGUGAAUCUAAAGAUAUAGACUUUUACAUUGGUGGAUUAAAUCAAUGGGCCUUAGAUAUAGUGUGUAGCAAUGGUGAUGACAAACAACUAGAAGAACAUCUUGACCGUUUUAAAGUUGAAGGUUUUCAUAAUAACUUACUACCUAUUAUUAAGGAAUGGUUUGUUGUAGAUUUUAUAUCAAUGGAAAAUUACAACAACAAGAUAACACAACCAAUCAUUACACACGACAAUUUAUGA